AUGGAGGCUCGCAUCGAUGGCGAAUCAGUUAACUGGUAUGGAUUCAAAUUCAGCUGGACGCCGUACCAUCAGAUGCCCGAUAAACUUGGCCGCUACCUGUAUACCUUCGAUCAUCUUUCCGCAAAGGCCCUUGAUGCCCUUGAUACAUCAUGCCCUUCUUCGAAGGAGAACCCUCACUCAAAAGACGUUUUCAAUAUUCUGAAAGAGUACGACCAAGAAGAUCCCCACGUCCGUCAACUGUUACAAGAGGUCAAUACUAUUCCUCCCUGGGUCGAUUGGGAUCAGAUCGAAAGAGGACAAAGGGUGCUUUGGAGAUAUGCUCUGCCCUCUAUCACUUGUUUGAUAUAUAUGUCAUUACUUGGGGGAAUGUCAAGUUCUCGGACUGUAGAAACCCUCGACCGGACCGGCAGCUUCGGGUGCUCGUCUGUUCGACGGCGCAUUCUCGAAACAGCCCAACAUGCGCUUUCUGUACACAAAGAUUUGAAAUCAAUCCAGCCUGGUGGUGAAGGCUGGGAAUCCUCGAUACGAGUACGUCUAUUGCAUAGCUCCGUUCGUCGUAGGAUUAUGCAACUUGCCAAAGAACAUCCAGAAUAUUAUGAUAUCGACAAAUACGGUAUUCCGAUCAACGAUCUGGAUUGUAUGGGUACGAUCAGUCUAUACAGCUCUUGCAUGAUAUGGCUUAGUCUCCCACAGCAGGGCAUCUACCUCUCACAGUGUGAGACCGCAGAUUAUUUGGCUCUCUGGCGCUACGUGGCUUAUCUCAUGGGCGUCCCACACGAUUGGAUGAAGACGCCGCAGGAAUCCAGAGCAAUGAUGGAAUCACUGCUCAUAUCUGAAUACAAGCCCAGCAGAAAGUCCUCUACAUUGGCCAAUAACAUUCUACACGGGAUCGAAGGACAGCCACCGAUGUACGCAUCCCGGCAAUUUCUCAGUGCCCAAGCCUGGUGGCUGAACGGGUCAGAGCUGUCUCAAGCUCUGGGAAUCGCGAGGCCAAGCUUGUACUAUACCGCACUCAUGGUUUCCCAAUGCUUCUACUUCAGACUACUAUCCUCUAUUAUUGCAGCCAUUCCACUUUUGGAAAGCAUCACCACCAAUUUUGCAAAGAAACUUUGUCAGGACAUUUUCAUACAAAACAAAAAUCUGGGUGCUCUUGGCUAUAAGACAAAGUUCACCUUUAAAUGGAUUCCAAAUUCUAUCCGGGCUACAACUCCGUCAGGCGCAUCGAAUGACGCCCGAGAAAAGCAUUCGGCUAAGUUCAAUAGCAAUCUUCUAGAAACCGUCGCCCUGUUGAAUUUAAUUUUCAUCUGCAGUGCUGGUAUU